AGCGUAACGUAAACGCCUGGCGUAAGUCGGGCCUGUGGCGGUCUACAGGGAGGAUCGUUUUCCAUUUCCGGUAGAAGGAGUGGAGACGCUUUCUGAGUCUAGGAAUGGGGUCUUUGUCUUCCUCCUCCAAGUGGGAGAGAGGGAAGGCGUUUUGGGCAGGGCGGACCACCUCCUUCCCCCCUUUGUAACUUUUGAGUAAAUCGGCUCCUAAGGCUGUAGAAAGGGAAUGGGGAAGGAGCCGAUGUUCUAACCUUCGAUUCCCGGUUCUUGUUGAGGGUCUCCUCCGGUUCGGUAUAGGCUCGGUCUCCUCAUUCAGUCGCCCAGAAAUCAUAACAUCUAAGAUUACUGCAUAUUCUCUUAUGAUUCAAUUAUUACAGCUCACUGUGUUCUCCUACUUCCCUCUUUCUUUGUGCCCUCCAGAAUCUCUCUGGAUUUCUGCUGUACUCAAGUUUUAGUGUAAACUCAGUUCAAAGAAGAAACUAUGCAGCGAAGGCACAAAGGAUUAAAUACUGGAGUGCUUUUCCUCCUUUCUCAGCUCUAUCAUGUUGGGUUUCACAACAUUCCACCUGUUACGCUUGCAACCUUGGCAGUGAACAUUUUCUUUUUUCUACAACCCCUGAAACCUCUGGACAAAGCAUGUAUUAGUGUCAAUGAUUGUCUUUACAAAAAAGAUUGGCAUCGUUUGUAUCUUUCAGCAUUUCACCAUGCAGAUGACUGGCAUCUAUAUUUUAAUAUGGUCUCCUUGCUUUGGAAAGGAAUUAAAUUGGAGAACAGACUUGGAACUAUGUGGUUUGGAUACAUAACUGCACUGUUUUCACUACUUGUGGGAGCUGUAUACCUAUUUCUGGAAGCUAUACUGGCGGAAUUUCUUGGUGAUCCUAUAUAUGAACAUCACUGUGCUGUUGGUUUUUCUGGAGUGCUAUUUGCUUUGAAAGUUCUUAAUAACUAUUACCAUCCAGGGGGAUCAACCAAUAUUAUGGGCCUGAAUGUAUCCAAUAAAUACUCUUGUUGGUUGGAACUUCUAGCAAUCCAUGUAUUAAACCCACGGAGUUCUUUUGCAGGACAUCUGGCAGGUAUUCUUGUUGGCCUAAUGUAUACCAUGGGACCCCUGAAGAUUUUCAUGACAGCAUGUACAGGUGGCCAUAUAUUUCCAACUGGCUUUUCAGAACAAAGGAACAAUUACAGAAGAGGGAAUUUUAGAUACUCAGGUAAUCCAUCCUAUCCACCAAACAACUAUGAUACGUAUACUGGUGGACUCACUGAGGAAGAACAAUUUGAAAGAGCAGUAAAUAACAGCUUGAGAGAAAGAGGCAGCAAUACAAGGCAUUACACCAAUGAAAGGAGACCAUAUGGCUUCUGGCUUUCACCAGAAGAACUAUCCGCUGAGGAACUCAGAAGGCAGAGACUUAAUAGAUUUGAGAGGUGGCAGUAGUCUUAAAGUACUAUAUAUAAAGGGCUCUUCAUAGCUGUCAAAA